CAACUCGCUGCACACGUGUCUUCGCUCCAUUGUCAAACUCUAACAUUUCCAUGGCGCGCACCUAAGAAGAGCACUGCCAAUUAGACAUUUUCACAGCCUGGCGAGUCGAGUCGAGUCAUUCUACAAUCAUACGAUCGAUGCUCAAUCCCCAGCCAAGACGGAACGGAGAAAAACCUCACCACGCAAUUGCCAGAACAAAAACCAGACAUCCCAGCAUCCAUCACCAGCCCAGAGUCCAGACCCCUCCAUCCCCUCCUUCAGGCAAUCAAUCUAUCGACACCCCCCUACCGGUCAAACGCAUAGGGCUGAACCCCCCUUUACCCUUUAACCCUUUCCCACACCGUUCUCCUACCCUGGCCGGCCCCCGAUCGAAACCACACACCUUCUGUGCACUUAAAAGAGCAAAAACAAGACAAAACCACCAUAACGACAAGGACGGGGGGGAAGGAGGGGAAGAAGGAAAAACGCAGGGUGUGGGCUGCUGCUCGCGAGCGAGGUAAAUGCCUGUUUUUCCUCAGAGCGAUGUUUCGAGGGUGUCUAAGGCCGAGGGUAUGCGUGAUCGGUGAGGGAAUAGGGUGGUUUUUCCCCCAUUCGUGGACGUCGCUGUGUCGCCCUCUCCCUACGCGGAGAAGGGGGUGAGGAUGGCAUGGCAUGGCGCGAGGGGAUGAGGCGAUGAGGCGAAUGUCUUUUUCUGUAUUUACCG